AUGUCUCAGUAUUCUGGAAAGAUCGUGUUUUACGAGGGCAGAUGCUUCACCGGACGCAAACUGGAGGUUUUUGGAGAUUGUGAUAACUUCCAGGAUCGUGGAUUCAUGAACAGAGUGAACUCCGUCCGUGUGGAGAGCGGUGCCUGGAUCUGCUACGAUCAUCCGGACUUUAAGGGUCAGCAGUUUAUCCUGGAGCGAGGAGAAUACCCAGAGUUCCAGCGCUGGAAUUCUCAUAAUGAUCACAUGGGCUCCUGUAAACCCAUCAGGAUGCACGGUGAGCACUAUAGGAUGGAGGUGUUUGAUGGCUGUAACUACAGUGGUCAGUGUAUGCAGUUGUGUGAUGACUGUCCGUUCCUCCAGAGCCGUGGAUUCAACAACAACUGCGUCAACUCUGUCCGAGUCUUCGGUGAUGGAGCUUGGGUGAUGUAUGAAGAGCCGAACUUCAGGGGUCGCAUGUACAUCGUUGAGAGAGGAAACUACUGUAACCACAACGAGUGGCAGGCACAAACCCCAAACAUUCAGUCCAUCCGCAGGGUGGUCAACUACUUCUAACCCGCCAAACCCCUCCUGAUCUCAUGUAAAAUAAACACAACUAGC